AUGCUGUCGCGAGCUGCAAUGGGGCCACUUGGCCUGCGAGCUGCCGCUCUGGCAUCCUCAUCCACUAUUCGCUCCUGUGCCGUGCCCGCAGUCUGGUCCCGGUGCAUGUCGGCGACGAGGGACAGCAAAUCAAGAUUCUCCAAACCCCAGAACCCACCUGCUCAAAAGCCAUCACAGCCCGCCUCUAAGCCGUCACCAGAACCUUCACAAGACGCUCCUGCUCAGCCAUCUGCGGAGAAAGAGACUACUCAUGACGCCCCGCAAGAAGAGAUUCCUGACCUCUCUAAGCUGCCGGACCUCACACAAGGCAUCCCGUCGACUCUCGAGUAUGAGACCGCUGGUGCUACCGACAAGUCUUCACUGCACCCGUCUGAAGAAGAACCGCCAAAGACUGGUGGGAAAAGACCGAAGGGUGAGCUGCCUGCUUCUGCCUACGUUUCAUCCACGGAACGUCGGCGUCAGAAGAUGGCCUGGUGGGCAUUUGCUUUGACCGGUGUUUUCACGGUUGCUGGCACGGUAUACCUUGGCAGGAACUGGAGCGAGGAGGAGCUGGCAAAGAACCCAGAGGUGCCCAACGGCUGGAGUCUCACUCUCUGGUGGAAGCGUGCCAUGGCUCGCAUGACCGACACCGUCGAGUACUACCAGGAACCCGCCUUCGAGAAGCUGCUGCCGGAUCCCGAUCCGUCGUUCGAGCGCCCGUACACCCUUGUUAUCAGCUUGGAGGAUAUGCUGGUCCACAGCGAGUGGACCCGGGAACACGGCUGGCGCAUUGCGAAGCGCCCUGGCGUCGACUACUUCCUCCACUAUCUCAGCCAGUACUACGAGAUCGUCCUUUUCACCACUGUUCCCUUCGCUACCGGCGAGCCUCUUGUACGCAAGCUUGAUCCCUACCGCUUCAUCAUGUGGCCGCUUUUUAGGGAGGCUACCAAGUAUCAAGAUGGCGAGAUUGUCAAGGACCUGUCGUAUCUCAAUCGCGAUCUGUCCAAGGUGAUCAUCAUUGACACCAACCCCAAGCAUGUCCGCGCGCAGCCUGAGAACGCCAUUAUCCUCCCCAAGUGGACUGGUGACCCGAAGGACAAGGAGCUGGUAUCUCUUGUACCAUUCCUUGAGUUUAUCCAUGCCAUGCAGUAUAGCGACGUGCGCAAGGUCCUCAAGUCCUUUGAGGGCACCCAUAUCCCCACCGAAUUUGCCCGCCGUGAGGCGAUUGCUCGCGCCGAGCAUAACAAGCGUAUCCAAGCCAAGGCCCGUCAAAGCGGCAUGAGCUGGCUCAGCAGCCAUCUCGGCUUGAAGCCGAGCAGCAUGAGCCUGAUGGUAGCCCCUGAGGGCGAGGAAGACCCUCAGGAGGCCUUCGCCAAGGGCAAGAUGCUCCACGAUAUCGCACGCGAGCGCGGUAUCCGGAAUUAUCUGAUGCUUGAAGAGGAGAUCCGCAAGAACGGUGAGAAGUGGCUCAAAGAGGAGCAGGAGGCUAUGGAGAGGGCACAGAAGGAGGCCAUGAAGAACAUGAAGUCGUCUUUCUUUGGCUGGUUCACCCCGUCCGAGAAAGAGGAGAGUGUCAGCACGCAGUCCAAGCGCAGUUAA